GAAGACGAUGCUGAACGACCUGCUGCGCUUCGACGUGAAGGACUGCUCGUGGUGCAGGGCUUUUACCACGGGGACCCCGCCAGCACCACGGUAUCACCACUCAGCUGUGGUCUAUGGGAGCAGCAUGUUUGUGUUUGGUGGCUAUACUGGAGACAUUUAUUCCAAUUCCAACCUGAAGAAUAAAAACGAUCUUUUUGAAUAUAAGUUUGCAACUGGACAGUGGACAGAGUGGAAAACUGAAGGAAGAUUGCCAGUUGCAAGGUCAGCUCAUGGCGCAACAGUGUAUAGUGACAAGCUGUGGAUCUUUGCAGGAUACGAUGGCAAUGCACGGUUAAAUGAUAUGUGGACAAUUGGCCUGCAGGAUAGAGAGCUAACAUGCUGGGAAGAGAUUGAACAAAGUGGUGAAAUUCCUCCUUCAUGCUGUAAUUUUCCCGUCGCUGUUUGCAGAGACAAAAUGUUUGUUUUCUCUGGCCAGAGUGGUGCAAAGAUUACCAAUAAUCUCUUUCAGUUUGAAUUCAAGGAAAAGAUUUGGACACGAAUUCCUACCGAGCACUUACUUCGAGGCUCCCCUCCUCCUCCACAACGAAGAUACGGCCACACAAUGGUUGCGUUCGACCGACAUCUCUAUGUGUUUGGUGGUGCUGCAGAUAACACGCUACCCAACGAGCUUCACUGCUACGACGUGGAUUCUCAGACCUGGGAAGUUAUCCAGCCCAGCCCAGACAGUGAGGUGCAAGAAGCCUUUGCCCAAGCUAUGUUCCUAGGUUCAUCUCAUGCCAGAUUUUUAAAAGUAAUAGGUGUCCUGUCCAGAGUGGCUAAGAGAGUAUCUGCCCCAGAAGAAGCUCCCUCCUUGCCCUCGGAAGAACAUGGUUUAAAAAAAUCUCGAGAUGUAUUUGGUUUAGAUUUCGGCAUAACAACAGUUAAACAACCACCUACAGCAGACUCCGAGUUGCCCAGUGGGAGACUCUUCCAUGCUGCAGCUGUUAUCUCAGAUGCCAUGUACAUCUUUGGCGGCACGGUGGACAAUAACAUUAGAAGUGGAGAAAUGUACAGGUUCCAGUUUUCUUGUUACCCUAAAUGCACUCUACAUGAAGAUUAUGGAAGGCUAUGGGAGAACAGGCAGUUCAGUGACUUGGAGUUUGUUUUGGGAGAGAAGGAAGAACGAGUCCGAGGGCAUACUGCGAUUGUUACAGCUCGCUGCAAGUGGCUGAAAAAGAAAAUCAUACAGGCAAGGGAGAGAUUGAAACAGAAAUCAAAGCAAGAUAUUGAAGACGAGGGACAUGCAACGUGUCAGAAGGAUGGGAUUGGUGGGAAUGUCAAGUUGUGCCGCCUGCAGCCACUGCUGGAAGUGCCCAUCCGAGAGGCUGAGGCACAACCCUUCGAGGUGCUCAUGCAGUUUCUGUAUACGGAUAAAAUAAAAUACCCUCGCAAAGGUCAUGUGCAGGAUGUGUUACUUAUUAUGGAUGUAUACAAACUAGCCUUAAAUUUUAAGCUCUCUCGACUGGAACAGCUCUGCCUUCAAUAUAUUGAAGCAUCUGUAGAUCUGCAGAAUGUGCUCAUUGUGUGUGAAAAUGCUAACAAGCUUCAGCUGGAUCAGCUAAAGGAACAUUGCCUGAACUUUGUGGUGAAGGAAUCGCAUUUUAAUCAGGUAAUAAUGAUGAAGGAGUUUGAGCAUCUUUCUUCAUCCCUCAUAGUGGAGAUUGUACGGAGAAAACAGCAACCUCCUGUUCGAACACACUCCGAUCAGCCGCUUGACAUCGGAACAUCUUUAAUUCAGGACAUGAAGGCUUACCUAGAAGGAGCCGGGACUGAAUUCUGUGAUAUCAUCCUUCUCUUAGAUGGCCACCCACGGCCAGCCCAUAAGGCAAUCCUAGCAGCCCGCUCCAGUUACUUUGAAGCCAUGUUCCGUUCCUUCAUGCCAGAAGAUGGGCAAGUGAAUAUUUCUAUAGGUGAAAUGGUUCCCAGCAAGCAAGCGUUUGAAUCUAUGCUUAGAUACAUUUAUUAUGGAGAAGUAAACAUGCCUCCUGAAGACUCCCUCUACCUCUUUGCUGCACCUUACUAUUAUGGCUUCUCCAACAACAGACUACAAGCCUAUUGUAAGCAGAAUCUAGAAAUGAAUGUCACAGUGGAGAACGUACUCCAGAUUUUAGAGGCAGCUGACAAGACCCAGGCCCUGGACAUGAAGAGGCACUGCCUGCACAUCAUCGUUCACCAGUUCACCAAGGUCUCCAAGUUGCCAAAUCUCCGCUCCCUAAGUCAGCUCCUCCUUCUUGACAUCAUAGAGUCAUUAGCUAACCACAUAUCAGACAAGCAGUGCGCAGAGCUGGGCUCAGACAUAUGA